AUUAUACUUUAAAUGAUAAAGCAGAGAAGUGCUUUAAUUUAAACAAAAAAUCCUAAAGAAAUAAAUUACCACAAAAUAUAGCAAAAACAACAACAAAGACAAAAAUGGCACAAAUUAUACAAAUGACAACUGAACAAUUACAACAACUCAUACAGUCUGUCCGAGCUACAGCUACAAGUGGCUGUAGUGAACCAAACUCUUCAAAUAUCAUCAAAUCCAAGGGAAAUUUUAGUAAUUGUUGUUCCCGUUUUGGCGGUGAACGAGAUCAUGAAAUAGUUGAGGAAUUCAUAACCUCAAUUGUUACAUACAAAGAAGUUGAAGCGAUAACCGAUGAAGAUGCUUUAAAAAGUAUAUCUUUAUUGUUUCAUGGCAUGGCCUCAACCUGGUGGCAGGGUGUACGCAAAGAAGUAAAAUCUUGGAAUGAUGCUUUAUCAUUGAUACGUGAUCAUUUUUCACCCACCAAACCAUCUUAUCAAAUUUAUGGUGAAAUUUUUGAACAAAAGCAGGAUGAGCGCAAAGCUAUAGAUACUUUUGUGUGUCAAAAAAGAGCUUUAUUGGCCCAAUUGCCCGAUGGUAGACAUGAUGAAGAAUGUGAAAUUGAUUUUAUUUAUGGUCUUUUAAAUAUCAAAUAUCGCAAAUAUAUUGCUCGUCAUGAUAUAAAAACAUUUAAAGAUUUAUUGGAAAGAGGUCGUGUGAUAGAGCAAAAUAUAAGAGAAGAUCAAGUACAAGUACGACAUGAAGUAAAUUCCGUUAGAGUUCCUAAGAGAUGUACAAAUUGCAAUUAUAGGGGUCAUACUUUUAGAGAAUGUCGUAAACGUAAAAAUACUAAUAAUGCUAGUCAUGGUGAUCCAAAGCGUCGUGCUAAUGACGCAAGAGAAGAAGAAGGAUUUUAUCCGAAUUGUAUGUGAACAGUUGAAUGGAUAAUAAACCUUAAACUGCCCUCCACCACCCAUAUUGAAUUUCUGUAUUAAAAUUCUUCAGAUUUAUUUUGAAAUAUAAUUUCAAUUAUUUAUUUAUUUAUUUUAUAUUUUCUAAUAAAUAAAAAAUUU